CGGACAACGCUAGUGUAAAUGCAGCACUGGUUCUACACAUAGCAGCACAUGGGUAGAAGGGAAUUUAGUGUUUUGAAUGUGAUACGCAGAAUCUCAAUGCACUGUAUAUGACUGUUAAGGCAGCAGUAAGACGCCGACUAUUUAUAAUCAAACACUAAUUAGAUAGUGACAUAUUGCUGCAUUAAAUGAAUCUGAUAAGUUCGUCUUGUCUGCUGCUUUUGCGGUCAUUUUCACGCAAUAUACAUCGGAGGAAUAUAUACCCAUUAAUCUCGCGGUUGUACACUGAGGGAUCUUCUCAGACUACAGUGGAGCUGUCUAAAGACCAGCUACAGAAACUCAGAGAUCAAGAGCAGCGUUUUAAAAGAAGAUUGCAUUCGGUUCACAGGAAGUUUGCAGUUGUACCAGAAAAUUCAGAGUUCCAGGGACGGCAUCAUGUAUACUUUGAAGAUGGCAAAGGGAUUUACAGAUCGACCCUGGGACACGAUGAUCAGGAGAUGUUGGAGGUGUGCAAUGCAGAUUGGGGAGGAGAUGGAUAUGGAACCAUCCAGAGGGUCAGACUCUCUCCCUCAGAGACCAUGCUGGCCGUCACUGUAAAGAAAGACCACCACGAGGAGACCAGAUGUGUGUUGGUUCAUUUAGGUGGCCUCAUCCUUCGUCAAAAGGCCCCGUUGGUUUUAGAUAAUGUCCUCAGCUUCGAAUGGGCCACAGAUGACGUCCUCUACUACAGCACACAGGAGACUCUUCGCUGCCUAUGUGUUUUCCGUCUUCAUCUCAGUAAUUCUGAGGUCAAAACCACCCUCGUUUAUGAAGAAAAGGAUCCAGAGUUCUUUGUGGAGGUCAGUCGUUCCAGAGACCAGAGGCUGGUGACCAUUAACUGCUGCAGUAAGAUCAGCUCUGAGGUGUGGUUUGUUGACAGCAAGACUCCACUCUUGUUCCCCACCCUCAUCCAGUCCCGUCAACCUGGACUGCUUUACCACGUGGAGCACUCGGACAACUGCCUGUUCAUCCUUGCUAACACUGGAGCAAACCAGGAGUAUCAGCUGCUUAGGGCACCUUUAGCCUCGCCAUCAAUGCCACACUGGGUGCCGUUGUUCAGUGCUGUUCCUGGAACAGUCAUUAAAGAUAUGGAGCUGCUUCAGGAUCACUGUGUGUUCACAGUGAAGGAUUCACAGUGUCGAGUUCAGAUCCAGACUCUUAGCACAAAAGAGCCCCGUCAGUUUAACACUCACCAGCUUCCUCACUGGGCCUGUGAUUUAUCACCUCAGCGUGUUGGAACUGUGGACAGAGGUUCAUUUGGUUUCCUCCUGUCCUCUCCAGUGCACCCACCUGUACGCUACCUCUUUUCGUCCAGAGAACAAAAGCUCUCUGUAACGGAGGACAACACCAAGCACAUCUCCCUCACUGAGUUUAACACGACACGUCUGCAGGCAACCAGUCAGGAUGGUACAAUGGUGCCUUUGACUCUCCUCCACAUGCCAGCAUUAUCUGAGCUGCACAAGGCCCCACUGCUCCUGCAUGUCUAUGGAGCUUAUGGUGUUGAUCUCAGUAUGGCCUUCAGUCCUGAGAAGAGAAUGCUGCUGGAGGACGGCUGGGCUCUGGCCUACUGCCAUGUCAGGGGCGGUGGUGAGCGUGGUCUAGCGUGGCAUCAAGCAGGUUCUGUGCUACAGAAGCGGAGGGGAGUGGAGGAUCUUGCUUCCUGCAUUCAGACUCUUCAUCACUUGGGAGUGUCCCGUCCUGCUCUUACUGCCCUCACUGCUCGCAGUGCUGGAGCUGUCCUAGCGGGGGCGUUGUGCAACCAUAACCCACUGCUUCUUAAAGCUGUAAUUCUACAGGCACCUUUUCUGGAUGUUCUUGGCACAAUGCAAGACCCUUCCUUGCCACUUACUAUAGAGGAGAGAGGGGAGUGGGGAGACCCCCUUAUGAGGGAACACAGGGAUAACAUUGCCUCUUACUGUCCCUGUCACAACAUUAUACCUCAGCUUUACCCAUCCACGUUGAUCACUGCAUACUCGGAGGACCGUAGAGUUCCUUUAUCUGGAGUCAUGAAGUAUGUGCAAAGACUAAAGAAGGCCAUCCAAGUGUGUACCACUCGGGACGGUGUUAACAAACGAGUAGCACGUGUCCCAGUUGUCAUUCUGGACCUGCAGCCAGGAGGCGAUCACUUUGGCCCUGAGGAUUUGAAUUUGUCCUUGAAUGAGAGUGCCCGACAGUUAGCCUUUCUUUACACAGAACUUGGACUAGACCACCAAAAAACUCGACGGAGACAAAAAGAGAGGUCAAAUAACCUGACUGGAAAGUCUCACAGACCACGAAACUAAAUUAUGUGUGUGUACUGUAUGUGUGAGUACUUAUUUUUCUUAAUAAACCAAACAUUUAUUUUGUUGCAUAGAAGUUUUUUAAUUAAAAGAACAGCUUGCAUUUGACAGAUAGAUGUCCAUAUACUGUUUGUCAACUUGUCAGUUCACACGGAACACAAACAGUAUAGACAGUAAGACACUUAAUGUUCAAUGAACAGUUCAGUGGACCAAUGAGAUUUCAAAGUGGGCAGGACUUUGGCACUGUUUAAAUAUUUGAAGUGAUCUGAUUCUUAAUGUACUGACAGACAUCUAUCUGGUCACUCACCACCCAGUUUGGCCAUUUUCCCUCUGGCAUUUUUGAAAUCCAUAAAUGAACCAAACGUUUGGCUUGAUUUCCGGACAGAUCAUCAGGAAGUUACAGCUCUCUUUCAGCGACAUCGCUUGUGCCAUAGUACCUCAUGGUUUUUUCUAUUUCUUCAUAAUCAUAACACUCUGCGACGUCCUAAUACUAAGCACAACAGUUUUCAAUGGAAGUCAAUGGGGUAAGGCAGGGCAUUGUACACAUUUAAAAAAAGGAUUAAAAUCUGUGCGGAAUAUAAAUCCAAGAAUUCCUUCUACCUACACCAGCAGUCCCUCCACUAUACAAACAAUUAAAGGACCACUGAAAGGGCUACUUUUACUGCUCAAACUAGAUAUUUGUGUAUGAAAUAAUGCUUUUACAGAAAUACAAGCACUGCUUUUAAAUCUAAAAAGUCUUGCCCCAAAGACUUACGUUGCAAGUACAUAAAACGCCAUUUUUGUAUGUACUUCCAAACUGAGGGAUGAAUAAAAGUGAUUUCCUAUUGUAAUACGCAUGUCACAGAUGAUCAGUUUUAACUUGCGUUGAACCUGUGAACAUUAAGUUAAUUCUCACAAGUCCAUGAGGAGCAGAAAGACAAAUCACUGAAGAGAGCCAAGACCACACAGUUAUUUCCCUAGAUCUUCAAUGGCUUUGAAAUCGUCUGGAAUUAGGAUAAUGGGAAUGACUUGUCAGUAAAUCCAUUGAAAUAUGCACUAGUAAUCCUUAAAUGACAUUGUGAGAACAAAGAACAUUAAUAGGACUCCUCCUGAAUGAAUUCGGAGAACAUUUUUGACUCUGGCAGAUGAAGUGCUACAAAAAAUAAGUGUGUAAACUGAAUGUUUACGUUUUCACCUGGUUGUAUAGCAUUGUUGGGCUUACUGGAUCUUGGUCAGGGUCAACCUGGGGUUCAUUUCUCGAAUAUGAGGCCUCCCUCAAGCAUGUUUCACAGCGACCAUGCAGAACCCAUCCAACCACUUCUUCAGACAGAAAUGGAUUAAUAAUAAUAUCCUAUUAGACAGAUGUGGAAGAAAGAUCAAAGAGGGCCCAUGGUAGUAAUGAAACAUGAUACGGUAUGGUGGAUUGCAGAUCUGCAUAAAGAGCCUUUUUGUUAAAAAGCUUGAAGGCUAAUGUUCCUCACUCCACGGUAAAGUCCUCCACGUCAUAUCCAAAGUCUCUCAUAUGAGAGUUGUAAAAAGGGCUGAUCCAGGUUGCUUUAAUGUUCUCAAAAUGACUCAGUUUGUCCGUUAUUCCUGAAGUCAUACACUGAAUUAUACGUUUGUUCUGUAUUCAACAAUUAAUUUAUCUCGAUCACAA